UUCUACGGAAAUGACCCUGCCACCCGGAAGUUUCUAAUGGAUGAUGUUGGCGAUUACAGCGCGCUGAUUUGCUCGUCCAUUGCAGCUAUCCGCUGAAGCGAGAGCCGAGGAUGUAAGGCUGUCUGAAACCCUAAUUAGUGUCCUCCAGCAUGAAGAAGAGAAGCGCUUGACGGGAUCUCGGUGAAGGCAGCGUGAUUUCGGCAGGAUGCUCCGGCUGUUCGCGGCUCUGGUCAUUAUUGGGCUGCUGCUCGCCUGCUUCACUUCCUGGCUGUUUGACAGCUAUGACAGCGCCUGGCACCCGAAGCGCAGUUUACAUCAGUCCAGAGAGACUGGCCCUCCGUAUCCCGGCGGGCGGCUGGACAGCGUGCUCUGGUUCGUGCAGGUUUCCGACAUCCAUAUCAGUCGUUUCCGCGAUCCCAGGCGCAUUCCAGACUUCGAAAAGUUCUGUAGUGACACUAUUGAUGUGAUAAAACCUGAUCUUGUGCUGGCCACAGGGGACUUAACAGAUGCGAAGACUGAGAGUAAAAUGGGCUCUCUUCAACAUGAAGUGGAGUGGCAGGCCUACCACAACGUCCUUAAAAGAUCACGAGUGCUGGAACGGACUAAAUGGAUUGACAUUCGAGGAAACCAUGAUGCCUUUAAUAUUAUUUCGCUGGAGAGCGUGAACAAUUAUUACAGGAAAUACUCUGCCAAUCAGAAAGUUGGAUCCUUCCACUACAUACACAGAACUCCUUUUGGGAACUACUCUUUCAUUUGUGCCGAUGCCACUCUGACCCCUGGACCCAAACGGCCCUAUAACUUCUUUGGAAUUAUCAGUCAGACUCAGAUGGACAUGUUGGCGACCUUUAGAGAGGAGAGUCUGAGCAGUAACAAGUCCAUCUGGUUUGGACAUUAUACUACAUCUACUGUCAUCUCCCCCUUCCCUGGAAUCCGAGAGCUCAUGAGUACUGCCGUGGCGUAUUUGUGUGGGCACCUACAUACACUAGGAGGCUUCAUGCCGGUACUGCACAGUCGACAUCAAGGAGGCACGCUGGAGUUAGAGCUGGGAGACUGGAUGGACAACCGCAGGUACAGGAUAUUGGCUUUUGACCAUGACCUGCUUAGUUUCACUGACGUGACGUUUGAGGACUGGCCAGCUGUGCUGAUCACCAAUCCCAAAGACGCCCAGUACCUGCACCCAGGAGUGGAGCCUCUGGGUCGUAUCCGCAGUUCCACGCACAUCAGGAUCCUGGCUUUUUCUGAAUCUCCAAUCACAGCUGUGCAUGUGAAUGUGAAUGGAGUUUCACUGGGGAAAGCGAUUAGCGCAGGGGGCCCUUUAUACGUGCUGCAAUGGGACCCAACGCUAUACACUACUGGACUGCACACUAUCAGAGUUAACGUGGAGGACUCUGCAGGUCGCUCAAAAGUGCGAGAGCAGCAAUUCACACUGGAGGAAGACCUCACUCCCAGCUUCGGCUUCAUGCAGUCCUUCAUCCUCCUUACAGACCACUACAUACUGGCACGGAUUGCCUUUGUGGGCAUAGUAUUUCUAAACCUUGCUGGGCUUGUGCUCUUCAGAUUUAUGCCCGUAUCUUCUACAAGAGGAUUGUCUUCUCAAGCGUGGACGUCUCUGCAUCUUGUCAGUAAAAGCAACACGUUCUUCUAUUCUCUGCUGCUGUUCAACCUGUGUACAGCAUUAGGUCCAUGGUUCAUUGGGGAAAUUAUUGAUGGACACAAUGGAGCCUGCUUUGCUUUUGGCGUGUUUGUGGGUGGUCAUUUCCUUGAAGGCGGUCUUAGCUAUGUCGUGGGAGUCAUACAGGUGCUCUUCUUCAAUAUGCCUCUCACUUAUUACCUCUGCUGGAGUCUUCACCACAGAUGUCGCGGCACCAGCUUCCGCUCACAUUUCUGUCGGCCGGGCAGCAGCUGGAGGACUCUGGCGAUGCACACAGGCAUGCUGGUCCUCAUGAUUUGGCAGGCCUAUUCUUGCUACUUCCUACUGGAGACCUACGGGCUGCUGGCCUUCUUCCUCUCUCCCGUACGUUCCUGGGCCCUGUUCAUGGGUCUGCUGUUGGUGUACAGGGCAUGGUGGGGAACACCUCCUAGCUUCUCCGGUGGCAGCAAGACCAACCGGCCGUCGUGACGGUGAUAGCUGAAGAGAGGCCUUCACCUGUAUCGUUGUUUUGUGCCAAGCUCUUCCCUGCCAUUACACAUUAGGAUAGAGAAAAUAGUCUGUAGUUAAUAUGGAGCGAUGAUGGCAUCACACGUGGAUGACGGAGCCGUUUCAAACCUGGUUCUGAGCCUCCUUUGAUACUAAGACAUGUUGGUAGUUUUUUAUAGCCAGUUCCUGCCAUUGUGAACCCAAGCAGCGUUGAAGUCCAGAUGUGUGUGGUUAAGCGUACCUAUUACUUUGAUAAACUGCACAUUAUGUACAGUACUCGUCAAAUUAUGUUUGUUUUUAUUUGUGAGGAGCAAUCAAGAAAGGAAUAAGACUGCCUGAUAUUCUUAGUGUUUCUGCAUGAAACUGCCACUGAUCAGUCAAUAUGAACACUCAUAUUGUUUUAAUGCAUAUAAACUACACUGUAAAGAGGGGAUGAUAUCAUUGUUUACACCUGUAGACAAGGUAUAAUAUGUGAAGGAUAAUUUAAGGGAUGAAACUGGUCAUUAUUGGCUAUAAAUUAUUUUAACCACUAAUGAAAGCAGUUCCAAAAGAAGUCAAAGCAUCAAGCUUUGCAUGUCACCAAGCAACACUCAGAUUUAAACUGUGUAUGGAACGCUGCUCGGCCAAUCAGAUUAUACCAAGGGUGUCCAAUCCUGCUGUUGGAGGGCCAAUAUCAUUUUCGCUCUAGGGCUGUCACUAACGAUUAUUUUGGUAAUCGGUCGAUUAUUCUGACGAUUAAUCGAGUAAUCGGAUUAUUGUAAUUACUUUUUUAUAGUAAAAAAAUAGACCUAAGCGAACAAUAGCCUUUAAAAUUACUUUAAAAAAAUAAAUAAUAUAAAUAUAUAUAUAUAUAUAUUACACUAGUCAACAUUUGAAGAGAAUCAAAACCUUUCAUCAAAGUUGUCCUAAAACCAAAAAUUCGUUCUUGUCUUAGGACAACUUUGAACUUUUUUGAUCCACUUCAAAUGUUGACUACUGUAUAAUAGCAAUGAGGCAAUAAUAAUUAUUUCAAAUAAAGUAUCAAAACCAAGUAAUCAUGGUUUUCUUGAACAAAACUGUUAAAAUGCAUAACGUAUUAUAAACGAGCUAACGUACAUUACGCAUUAUAACAAAUGCCUGCAGAUGGCGCCACUCACAUAUUGACCAAACAACAUCUAAUUCAAAUGUCCACUUAAUCUUUCAUUUUUGGCCGUUUCUUUACGACAGAAAUACUACAACAAUUUCUUGAAUAUGUGGACAUCAAAUCUCAGAGCAAGGGUUUAAACUUUUAUUUCGAAAUUGUGAUUGACAUUUAGCAUAUUGAGAAAGAUGUAUUCUCCAGCGUUUGCGUAAGUUUAUAAAUGAUUUACCUUACAAAUCUGAUGAAAUGACGCACAUUGCAUUCCCAGAUGAACGUUGUAAUAAACCCAAACUCAGCAGUAUGCAGAAAUGGAGUUUGAGAUGCUCCACGUGUGCAAAUGAUAACAGUUUGUGUGGAGCAGCAUUUACUGUGAACUGAACCGCUCUGACAUGCACUUAUGUAACCUACACGCAUGUGAAUAAAGCGGAUAUAUUUAAUUGAAUCAUAGCGUAUGUGAAUUCACAAUAGCAUUACGCUUUAUGAUUUUUAAAUGGGUUUUGUAUAUCGUGUAGCCUUGGUAAAUGGUCUAAUAAUGCAUCUCAUGGAUUAUGGAUGGCAAAAUGCAAUAGAGCAUUUUUAAAAAUCGAGUACUCUAAUUGAAUCAAGGAAUGCUGACAGCCCUAUUUUGCUCCAACACACUUGCCUGUAAGUUUCUAGUGAGUUUGAAGACCCUGAUUACUUUGGUUCAGGUGUGUUAAAUUAGGGUUAGACCUAAACUCUGCAGGACAGAGGCACUCCAGGAACUGAAUUUGACACCCCUGGUUAGACAAUCAGAACUCUAAUGACUAGAUGACUGUACGUUAUCCCAUUUAUUACACCGUUACUUAACAAAAUAAAUAUUAAAUUUUAGAUUUUUUUUUAUUGCUAGAAGAAAACUGCAUCAUGAUAAAAGGGACAAGAAAUUGCCUUGGACAAUGUUCAGUUGUAUAGUUUUGCAGUCAUUGUACAAAAAUAGUUGACACAGAAUGCCAACAUUGACGGGAAUAUGUCAGAAUCAAACGGAUAGUUCACCAAAAAAUGGAAAGUAAUCAGUUACUCAAUUACUUCCACACCUGUAGGACUUUCGUUCAUCUUCAAAACACAAAUGAAGAGCCAACCAUACUCGCUUGAUGCAUGAGAGCAAACCACUUUUUGAAGCAGGAAAGGUUUUUUGGAAUGGACUUUCAAUGGAGGGACAGAAAUCUUUCAGUAAUCAGUAAAAACAUCUUUAUUUGUGUUUCAAAGAUGAACGAAAGGGUUUGGAACGACAUGAGGAUGAUGAACUAACCCUUUAAGUAUUUCGAAGAGCUGUGUAAUAGGUUUUGGUGUGGCCACUUCCCUGCACGACUGUAAGUUUUAUACACACUUUUACAGUUUAAGAACUUCAUUUUGAAGAACAAUGAACUGAUUAUACAUAUUCAAAUACAUAUUCCAAAGGACAAAACCACUAUAUUUAUAUAGAUGAGCAUGAAUGUAGAACAUGUUUGUUGCACAGUCACAGUUAAUACACUUAAUAAUGGCCACUUCAACACAUGCUGAAGAUUGAAGCCAGACAUUUUGGACCGCUGAAGGGAACAUCCCAAUGUAGCAUGUAGAAGAAGACACUGAACACAUGGAAAUAAUCAAAUGUGCACAAUUCUGUUACAUGUUUACUAGAGAAACGUUGUGAAGCAGCUCUUUUAUAGUUGGUUUUCACAGUUGCAGACCACACUAACAACCUAGGGACACAAUGGCCAUCAGUUAGUUUGAAAAGAAACUGUGUUGUCACUGAGGUCUGUCUUUUUUGCCCUCAUAAUCCACUUGACAGGUGACAGAAAGAGCUGUGACAAGAGUUUCUGGUGGAUUCACUGACAUUCCUGUUGUUUCAGGUCACUCAAGGUCUCUUGUUGUCUCUCAGGAAAGUAAAGACUUGAACAAUAGGCCGCUCUAGUUUGUCUUUCAAUGCCCUGAAUGUUAUUUUGAAAGAGUUUUGUUGCAGUUUUAAGGCACAUGAUGGUGAGAACGAACCUUUUUAGAAGAUUCCACAUUUACUCUGUAUGUUAAUCUAGAUUUGUGGUGAACCAAUAGGACUUUGAAUGUUUGAUGAUAAAAUAUCUGCUUAAAUGUGAUUUGGUUUUAAUUGGUUUACUGUAUUUCAUUUUUUAAUUAUGUUAUUGUAUUCAUCCACAUUGAUAUUGUAAUGUAUAUUCCUUGCAGUUGUUCUGCACUCUUUUAUGGGCAUUCUGGGUUUCUGUGGUCACAUGGCUUUUGUAGUUCCACUCAUGUCGGAAAGCGCUGUUCACAUUUGUUUUGUGGAAGACACAAAAACAUUUAUUUUGUGCGAACAAUGAAUACAUAUUUACUUGGAAUUUAAUCAGAAUUGUCUUUUAAAAAUUGUCUUCACCACAAAAUAUGUUCAAGAAAUAGAUUCUUUAUUCCGUUUUACAGCUGACAAUGUUUUCCCACAGGAAAUUACCUCAAUUUAUAUUUGUCAUGUUUCUGAACUCUAAAUCAUCUUGCAUUGGAAUCGAUUUAUCUGACUGUAUUUAUGUACUACAAAGUAAAGGGGUUUCAUAUUGUGAUAUGUUUUGUUGUUUCUUUUUCAUGUAAAGGCAAGACUUUCAUAUCUUAAAAUAUUUUAGAAAGAAAAGUCAAAGAAUCCUGAAAAAAAUAUAUAUAUCACCUUUUCCACAAAAAUAUUAAGCUGUACAACUGUUUUUAACCUUGAUAAUAAUAAAAAGUUUCUUGAGCAGCAAAUCUGCA